CCACUCCCUCUCUUUUUCUCUUGGUGGACUGGCCUCCAUCCCCACUCUCCUACCCACUAACUUCCCUUCUCCACUUAUUUCCCUGGCUCCCACGCUGGCCUGACCAUCAGCUGCGCUUCUCCAUACCAUUGUAAUGGAGCUGCUGCUUGGAAUAACUAUUCUCUCCUUAUUCUUCCACUUAUCCUCCUCUGCCUUCACCCCCAACAAUUCCUACUUCCUCGCCUGCGGCUCGACCUCCACCAUCAGCCUCACCUCCGACAGCCCCCCGCGCAGCUUUGUUCCCGACUCCAACUUCCUCCGCACCUCCAACUCCCUCACCCUCUCCAACCCCAACGCAUCCCCCAACUCCCCCACUCUCUACGCCACUGCCAGGGCCUUCACGGAGCCCUCCAGUUAUCAAUUCACGCUCGACAUCGAGGGCACCCAUGUCCUCCGCCUCCACUUCUUCCCCUUCUCCGCUCAAAACCACGACCUUUCCGCCGCCCGCUUCAACGUCUCCGCCCUCGACCGUUUCCUCCUCCUCGCCGACUUCGCCGUCCCAAACACCUCAACCCCCAUCAUCAAGGAGUACCUGCUCUGGGUGGACACCGGCGAGCUCACCAUCACCUUCACCCCCAAUUCUAAUUCCGGUACAUCUUCCUUGGCCUUCGUCAAUGCUAUUGAGGUCUUCACGGCACCCACCAGUCUGCUCGGCAACUCAGAUCCCCUCUCCAUAGCUCCUAGUGGGAAUAUCAACCAAUUGCAACGUCAGGCCCUGGAAACCGUCUACAGGAUCAACGUGGGAGGCCCAAAAGUCACUCCGGCGAAUGACACCCUCUGGAGAACCUGGGUUCCCGACGACGACUACCUCUUAUCCAAGGCCUUAUCGCAGGUGAACAGCACGACGCGCAUCUCGUACUCGGACCUAGAUUCCGCUGAAGUCGCGCCCCAGUUAAUCUACCUUACGGCACGAUCAAUGAACCCCGGCUCUAUGGUGGAGACUAACCCCAAUUUCAACUUCAACAUAACCUGGAGAUUCCCGGUCACUCCAGGCUACUCUUAUUUUAUCCGGAUGCAUUUCUGUGAUAUUGUAUCGAAGACGUUCACCGCCCUCUACUUCGACGUCUACAUAGGCGACCAAUUUGCGCAGGAAAAUCUCCAUCCAGCCGACUACACAGAUAACCUUGCUGAAGCUUUCUUUCGGGACUUCGCCUUGGACGUUCCGACCUCGCAGCAGGUCCUCCAUGUUAGCAUCGGCCGGUCACUUAGCAAGACCACCCCGCAGACGGCUAAUGCCAUACUGAACGGGCUCGAGAUCAUGAAGGUGAACAACAGCGUCGGCAGCCUCAACGGAACCUUCAACCCUGGCUCAGUCCCUAGCCAAGACAAUAAGAAGAAUCUUGUUUCUCCAGCUGUUCUGAUUCCAUCCAUUGUUGGUGGUGUUUUGCUCAUCAUCUUAGCCAUCACCGCGUUGGUGUUCUGCAGGAGACGUCGGGCAAAGCCCGUGCCGAAGCCAAAGGAGAGUCCGGUCUCUUGGUCGCCGUACCGGGCUGCCGUUGCCAAUUUCAUUGGCGUUUCGAGCAAGUCCACCGACGGGACAGCGCCAAACGCCUCGCCCAACUUCAAUCUGGGUCUCCACAUCCCCUUUGCCGAAAUCAAAUCGGCGACAAACGAUUUUGACGAGAAGCUCGUUAUUGGUACAGGUGGAUUCGGAAAGGUCUAUGGGGGAACUCUGAGGGAUGGCACCAGAGUUGCAGUGAAGCGAGGAAUGCGGGGGUCGAGGCAGGGCUACCCGGAAUUCCAGACGGAGAUCAUUGUCCUGUCGCAAAUUCGCCACCGCCACCUCGUGUCGCUGAUUGGGUACUGCGACGAUUGGUCCGAGAUGAUCUUGGUCUAUGAAUACAUGGAGAAAGGGCCACUGAGAAAACACUUGUAUGGCUCUGACUUUCCGUGCCUUUCAUGGAAGCAGAGGCUGGACGUAUGCAUCGGCGCGGCCAGGGGCCUCCACUACCUCCACACAGGCUACUCGCAUAACAUCAUUCACCGGGACGUCAAGUCCACCAACAUCCUGCUCGGGGAGAACUUCCUAGCCAAGGUCGCCGACUUCGGGCUCUCAAGGUCAGGGCCUUCCUACGGGGAAACUCACGUUAGCACCGGGGUCAAGGGAACAUUUGGGUACCUGGAUCCUGAGUACUUCAAGGUCCAGAAGCUCACGGACAAGUCUGAUGUGUAUUCUUUUGGAGUGCUGCUCUUUGAGGUGCUCUGCGCGAGGCCGGUGAUCGACCAAAGGCUGACGAGGGAGCAGGUCAACCUGGCGGAGUGGGCGCUGGAGUGGCAGCGGAGAGGCCAGCUCGAGAAGAUCAUAGACCCGAGGCUGGAGGGGAAGAUUAACGUGAAUUCCCUCCGCAAGUUUGGCGAAAUAGCAGAGAAGUGCCUCGCCGAGUAUGGCGUCAACAGGCCUACAAUGGGCGACGUGCUCUGGAACUUGGAGUAUGCUCUCCAGCUACAGGAGACAGAGUUGAAGAGGGAGCCCUUUGAGGACAGUGUCAAUAUGCACUCGCAGAUUUCCGUGGCAGCAGUUGGACCGUCACCUUCCACUACUAUAUCAAUCGAUGAUGAAGAAGGUGAUGGAAUGACGAGGAUGAGUGAAGACGCCCCGGACAUAACGACGACGAUCAACGUGUUCUCCCAGUUGGUUACUGGUGAAGGCAGAUGAAUGGGAUUGGUUUCCUGUGGCAAUUUAUUAGUUAUAUCGUUCCAGUUUAGAACAAUAUCAUCAGUGAAAUGAUAUGAUUGUAUGACAGUAUCGAUGCGAUUAAUAUUGUAUCUCUCUCGUUUCCUAUAAAGUAUCUUCUGCUAAUUUCAGCACUUUCUUUUUGGUAAGUUUAAUUGGUCCUUGUACUGUGGUUCUCCUGUGUGACUACUUCCAGGAAUAAAAUUGCCGAUGAAAUUGAGAACGGGA